ACACAUAUUACAUAUUUAACAUGACGAUACAGUUAUAUUAAUGCACUCAUUCUAAUACUUUAUGGUUUCUAUAGUAACAGCUCACUCACAGAGGUUUCUAUGGUGUUACAUUACACAUAAUCUGACACUAAUAAUAAUCCCAGCAGGGUGUUCAACAGACUUUCAGCCAUCUUUGGGGUUUUUUUUUUUGUUUGAACCUGCUUCUUGCAAAGUGUUCCUUUCCUUGCUUUCUGUCUCACACACACACACACACACACACACACACACACACACACACACGCUUUCUGUCUCUCAGAAUGGCCUGAUUCAGGAUAUUGAGCCAUCCCUGCCAGGCGGAGCUUAAAUGUCUUGUCUCAGGCGUUUGUAAAAAGUGCUGACUAGGUGAUGCAACAGCAUUAGUGUGUGUGUGUGUGUCCCCGCACGCGUACACACACACACACACACACACACACACACACACAGGUUCUAAGGUCUUUUUAAUAAUCCUGACUCAAAAGAUGAUUUAUGGAGCCAUAAAUUUACUGCUCACUCUUUUGUGUGUGUCUGUGUGUGUGUGUGUGUGUGUGUGUGUGUGUGAGAGAGAGAUCGAUAAUUAGCCUAGACUGGAACAGAUACAGGGUCGAGGAUACGAAAACCUCGUCAUCUCAUUCCAUAGUCAGCCACUGCGGCGGAGAGGUGCACACACACACACACACACACACACACACACACACACACACACACACACACACACACACACACACACACAAAAAAACACAAAGAACUAUCUAGAACUAAAGCGUUCCUCUGUUUGUUCUCCUGAAGAACCCAUAAAGGUUCUCUGUGGAACCGAACAGCACUCAGGGAAGGUUUAAGAUGAACCCGUCUGAUGAAGGGCUCGUUCCUCCUCUCAUCAUUUCUCUCUGUCAUACUUCUUUCUCAUCUUUUUCUGCUAUGUUCUUUCUUUCUCUCAUCCUCUUCCUCUAAUUCUCUCUCUCAUCAGUUUUCUCUUUCAUCCUCUCAUCAUUUUCCCUCUCCGUCCUUUCUCUCUCCUUUCCUCAUGCUCGUUCACUCAUUCUUUCUAUCAACCUUUUUCCUUUUCUCUCAUCAAUCAAUUCUCUCUCUCUCUCUCUCUCACACACACACACACACACACACACACACACACACAUCCCUGAUUCUAUGAUCCUUUCUUCUCUCUCAUCCUAUUUCUCUCCCCCCCUCCCCUCCUUCUCUCUGUGUGUAUAUAAAGCACGCGCUCUCUCUCCUCUUCAUUCUCUCUCUUCCUCUGUGUUUCUCUCCGUGUUUUUUUUCUCCUCCGCAUCAUGAGUUUCCAUAGCGACGUUUACUCCACGAGCUCCUACCGGAAGUUCUUCGGGGACUCCUCUCGGGUGUCCGCUCCCCCGCUCCGGUCCUCGUCGGGUUACCGGGUUUACGGAGGCGGUUACCGGGGCCGCGUGCACGCCGGUUUGUCCUCCUCGGCGCCGGACGCGGCGGAUCUCGCGCACACGGCGGCGUCGGCCACCGAGCUGAAGAUCGUGCGCACCAACGAGAAGGAGCAGCUGCAGGGUCUCAACGACCGCUUCGCUGCCUUCAUCGAGCGCGUGCGCGAGCUCGAGCAGCACAACCGCGCGCUCGAGGCCGAGGCCGAGUCGCUGCGCCGCAGCCUGGGCUCCGAGCCCGCGCGCCUGCGCGACCUCUACGAGCACGAGCUGCGCGAGCUACGCGAGCGCGCCGACCAGCUGGAGCGCGACCGGAGCCGCGCGCAGCUCGAGAACGCGCACCUCGGCGAGGCGCUCGCGCGCGCCCAGGAGAAGCUGCACGAGGAGAGCCGCCUGCGCGACGAGGCCGAGAGAGAGCUGCAGCGCUGCCGCAAGGAGGCGGAGGACGGAGCGCUGCACCAGAUCGAGCUCCAGAAGAGGGUGGAGUCGCUGCUGCACGAGAUCGACUUCGCGCGGAAAGUGCACGAUGAAGAAGUGCGCGAGCUGCAGGCUUCACUGCAAGCCUCUCAGAUAUCUGUGGAGAUGGACGUGAGUAAACCGGAUCUCACCGUGGCUCUGAAGGACAUCCGGGCGCAGUACGAGGUUCUGUCCUCGCGGAACCAGCAGCAGGCGGAGGACUGGUACCGCUCCAAGUUCGCCAGCGUGACCCAGGCGACAUCACGCGACACCGACGCCAUCAAACACACCAGGGAUGAGCUGAGCGCAUGCCGACGCCAGGUUCAGGCGCGUACGCUGGAGAUCGACGCCCUACGCAAUCACAACGACGCACUCGAGCGGCAGCUGGCCGAGAUGGAGGACCGCCACAGCACCGAGCUCGGAGAGAUGCAGGAGACGAUCGCUCAGCUAGAAGACGCUCUGCGCAGCACUAAAGGAGAAAUGUCUCAUCACCUGCGCGAGUAUCAGGACCUGCUGAACGUCAAGAUGGCGUUGGACAUCGAGAUCGCCGCCUACAGGAAGUUGCUGGAAGGCGAAGAGACCCGUCUGGGCAGUGUGGGCGUGACCACAGUCCAUCCCGCCUACUCUGCUGUUUCCUAUUCGGUGGGACGCGCUUACACCCUGGGUGCCUACAGGAGGGACGUGGCCAAACCUGAGAGUGAGGAGGAAGAGGACGAGAAGGAAGCGGAGGAGAAGGAAGAGGAGGAAGUAGAAGAAGAAGAAGAAGAAGAAGGAGGAGAAGAAGAAGAAGAAGAAGAAGCAGCUGAGGAGGAAGGAGGAGAUGAAGAGGAGGAGGAGGAGGAGAAGGGAGGAGAGGAUGAAGAAGAAGAAGGUGGAGAUGAAAGAGAAGAAGGAGCGGAAGGAGACCAGGUUGAGGAAGAGGAGGUGGUGGAGGUAGAGAAGAAAGAGAAGAAGGAGCAGGAAGAAGAGAAGAAGGAGAUGAAGGAGCAGGUAGAAGAGAAGAAGAAGGACAAGGUGAUGGAGAAAGAGAAAGAGAAGAAGAGCGAAGACAAAGGGGAUGAGGCUAAGGCCGAGAGCAAGGCAGAGAAAACCGAAAGCAGUAAAGGAGACAAGAGCAAGUAAAGACACGCCCUCUCCAGCCGUCCGCCCUCAGAUCUGGACUCUAAUCUCAUUCAAUACACCAUCAUCUUCCUCUUCAUCAUCCAUUUAGGAAGUGGUGACCACACAGAUCUCCACAGUAGCUGUAUGUACUUCAAGCACUGACCACUGAAUGUUCAGUAAGAGCCUUAAUGUAGUGACAGUUUAUGACAUGCGGGUUAGAAACCACGUGCUGGGUCCGACACAGACGAACCCACCAUCGGCUGUUUUAACCCAGUGAGGUUGAGGUUGCUGAGGUUGUUGACCCGGUAUUCCCUGCGGUAUUCCCUGCGGUGAACGUGUGGGUAAAAAUAAUUACGUUACUGGGAUGUAGACAUCUGAGUUGCUAUAGUAACAGUGUGCACGUCACGUCACAAAAGAAGCUUCAGGCAGCGCUUUUUCUCGACCAGAUCGCCUACUGACAAAAACACGAGCACUCAAACUCGUAUCUGCGUGCUUUCCGAAAUCAUGAGUGACAAAACACAAACACGUCAAACGUUCCAGUUUCAGAGAUAACGUUUCAGUGAAAUCGCGAGGUCAUUUUUAACUAGCUAGACGUAACCUUAAUAGUGAUGGGGCUGCCCGGAAUUAGGUAGCUUAAUGUUUGCUGUAAAUAUACGUAAGUAGGUUAGAAUUUAAUCUUUAAAAUUUUCUUACAAACAAAACAGGAAUAACAGAGGUAGUUACGUAGCGGCCCACAUUUAGGUAACUUCGGUAAUUUACUGUUGGCUGUAAGUAUAUAAACGUAACGUAAUUUAAUCAAUCUCCGCAAAUUUCAUACGAAAAUGCUAAUUUGUCUUUACAAAAAGUCAAGCUAGCAUUCUUUUUGUCAGCUAAAUUACACGCUGAUAAUGUUACAGAGAAAUCGCGAGGUAAUUUAUGUCUAGCUAGAAGUAACAUUAAUAGUUAUGUAGCAGCCCUAAACUUGGUAACUUAAUAUCAGCUGUAAGGAUAAUAGUGUUCGAAUCGAAUCGAAUCGAAUCUAAUCUAAUUUGUCUUAUUUAUUCCAAGAAAUAAAACAAAUUUCAACAAAUAUCCCCCCAGAUAACAUUAGCUAGCAUACAUUUUUCAACCAAACUACAUGUCAAUAAUGUAAUUGCCUACAUAAUAUCUCAUUAAUACAGAAAUAUAAUUUCGAAAAGCUUCACUUAAGCCGAUUUCUUUAACUUUUCUGGUUGGUCUGGAAAGAUGGAGUAGAAAAUACUAGAAAUGUAGAAAUCGGACGUAGCAUGUCUGUUACCUUUCAAGUCCACAACCCAGUAUGCCCAGUUUGACCCCACAGGUAUCAUUUUUAAAUUGUUUCAAUUUUCAGCUACAUUUCUGAGGAUGUGGGCGUGGCCUAAACUGUCACUAAUAUAACCACAACCACGUUCUCUUAUACGAAAUUGUCCCAAAUUACGCUGAGGUGAAAAAGAUUCCAGUUUUCCAAGAUGGCUGCCUCAGAACAUUCUAGCGUUCAUAUACACGGUGAAGUUUAUGUUGAAGCUGUAUGUUUAAGUAGCUACAUUAGCCUUACGAAAUUUAAAAAACUAAAGCAAGAUGUUCAUGAUAGAUCAUGUAUGCUUGUUAAAACGCCUCCUGUUGACCCGUUCAUUUGUAAUAAAUCUUCCUCCAGAUCAGCUGUUCCAGAACAAAGCAGAAAAAUGAUCAAACGUAAGAACAUCGCCACGUCAUCACUCAAGCGCGUGGAAGCCGUGUUUAUAAAAAAACACCUGCUGAAAGCUUGUUUUGUCCCUGACGUGUUUUUAAGACACCGCGUUUGGUUUUGACGGGUCGACCUCUCUGCACAUGACAGACAGACAGAGAGGCAGUCUCCUAGCUACAGCCGGUAGAUGAGGUCUAUUACUCCACUGUGUAAACACACACACACACACACACACACACACAGCUGACGAGCACUCACAAAACCCCAGUGGUAGCGUCACAAAACACUUACAGCCACGAAGGAGGUGUGGCCUUUAUUACUGUCAGUCCCAUGGAAGGAGGUGUGGCCUCUGUACAUGUCAGUCCAAGAAUAGGGGGUGUGGCCUCUGUUUCCGUCUGUCUUAAGUGAAGGAAGCAUGGCCUUUGUUCUUGUCACUCACAUUAACGGAGGUGUGGCCUUUGUUCCUGUCAGUCCCAGUGGAGGAGGUGUGGCCUUAACACUUUUCCAGAUAAAAUCGAAGAGUUUGCACAACACACUUGAUAUCACAUGAACGCUGCUGUAUCGUUUCACAUUCCAUCGUCUGCUUUAAAUGUCUGAGUCGACAGGAGGUUCAGUUUAUCUGCAUGGUCUAACUUUUAGAGCUUGCUGUUAGAAGACAGAAUGGAACAGUUUUGCUUGUUGUGUGUGUAAAUAGAGAGAUGAAGUAUUACUGAAAUUGCCUUAAUGGUGAAUGAAAUGCAUUUCCACGUUCGCACUGUAUCAGAAGCGCUUUUAGUCUUCCACUGAGAACGUAAGAGCUGCUCGUUUCUCUCGAAGCCAAAUAAAGCUGUUUAUCA